AUGCAGACCUCACGUUUCAACUCCAUUCGCUCCCGCUUCUCGCCUUCUGGCCUGCGCACAUCCUUCCGCCGAGCCUCAUCAGCUUCGUCCCGCAGCACCAGCUCACGGAACUCGUUUGCCUCCAACGGUUCGUCACCUGCCGAGACCAUCAACAGCGUCCUGUCCCGCCAGCCCUCCUUCAUGGAGAUGGAGGCCGAGAGGAGGAGCUUCGGCUCAGAGCUUAGCGUCCUGGAGCCAAGACCCGUCGUCUACUGGGGUGGACUCGAGGAACGCAUGGGUUCCUUUUAA